AUGGACUCAUCAACAGGCAGAGCCGGCCUGAUCCGCCCUCGCGAUGAUAUCGGCAGCAUGGACAAACUGGCGCAAUCCGUCCUAGACGACGUGCUUUACAACAUCAUAUCCGACUUGGUAAUGAAGACGCAUCGAGAAGAGAAGACCGCAAAGGCCAAUACGGCAGCUAUUCAUAUCGAGAAGCUAGCAUCUGACGCCUCCGAAGGCUCGACCCCAGACUCCAAACCCGAUGUCCGAAUCGAGACCGACGCUGCAAUCUACGAGGAUGGCAAGGUUCUACUCAAAGGCAACCCUCUACAGACAACCAAGGAUAUCCUCUGUCCCAAGUGUCAUCUGCCCCGGCUAUUACACCCGACCGACGGCAAGGGAGCCAAGAAGCCAGACCCGACCGUUCUCUACUGCAAGAGACAGCCAUUCAUUGAGAAGCCUGGCUGUGACAUCUACGGCCAGAGCUGGGUCGGGCCAGGACCCGGCAGGGGCAAGAAGAAGAAGGACAUGGAGAAGAAGGAGGAUGCACCCGCCACUCCUGAACAGAGACCUCCCAACGUGCUCUCUUUCCCUUCUGCAACAUGCAGCAAGUGCAAGCGAUGCAUCUUGGUGACCCGUCUGAACAACCACAUGGGCUCGUGUAUUGGCAACAGCGGCCGCAACGCCAGCAGAGCCGCGGCCCAAAAGAUGAGCAACGGCAACUCGCAGACCGACCAAACCCCCCCUUCAUCCCAGAAGGCGACACCCGUGCCAGGAUCUCGUGCAGCAAGCCCCCGGAAGCGCGAUGCCAGUGAGGACGUUGGAGAGGAGUCUGAAAAUGCGCACAAGAAGAAGAAACUCAAGGCCGGUAACCCGAAGAAGAUCACACUCAAAACCGGCAAGCCGAGCCUGAACAAGAAGGAUUCGAAGCCACCAUCUCAGCUGAGCCAGGAACAUAAGGCAGGCCCAACAAGCUCACCAGGAGAGACGGCACCUAAGAAGUCGAUGGGUCUGGGUAUGAGCCCCGUGAAGAAACUCAAGGCUUCCAGGCCUAUCCCGAACUCGCCUCUUAAGAAUGGCGGUGAUGCCGAAGUGGAUUCUGAGUCGUCAAUGACCAUGUCAUCACCGGUUGCGCAGACGACCGCCUAG